CUAUUACUAAAGAUUAUAGCAGUACGAAAAUAUGUGAACUGCUUGACGAAUUGACGGCGAUGUUUAAUAAAUAAACAGGUAGUGGACACGAGCAGGUCAGGAUCUCACGAGUGCAAGAAGUUUUGCUACCGGGAAUCUACCGAUAAAAGCUAUCCUGACAUGAAGCUUUCUCUUGUGGUGUGUUGUCUUGCCUUCCUGGCAACGGCAUGGGCUAAUGGAGUUCCUUCUUUUGUUCAGCAGCUAAGAGAAAGAAGAAGUCCAUGUGGUGGAGGCUGCGCGCCAAGCUGCGCCCCGAGCUGCUCCGACUCAUGCUGCAGUCAGUCCAUGGCACCUCCUCCCAUGAUGCCUCCACCACCCAUGCCAAUGUUCCCACCCCCCAUGCCGAUGCCUACUGACCAGUGCGCCCCUCAGUGCAACGAAUGGGUGACCAUGAUUGGACCUAACGGCAUCUCCAACACUCCCUGUCCCCAGCAGUGCCAGGAGACCGCUUGCUGCGGCCAACAGAUGGCUCCCCCUCCACCCCCUGCCCUUCCCCCACCACCUAAGCCAAUGCCACCACCGCCAUGCCCUCCCGGAUGCCCCAGCGCCUGCUACCCCGCCUGCAGCUCUAAGUGCUGCAACCCUCCUCCACCCCUCCCUCCCCCACAACCCCCCAUGAUGCCCCCUAUGAUGCCGCCAAUGAUGCCCCAACAACAGCAGUGCCAGCCUUUCUGUGCACCCCAGUGCUGCCCAGACAUGGGCAUGGCACCCCAGCCUCCCGUCUUCUUGCCCCCCAUGCCUCCACCCAUGCCCAUGAUGAUGCCACCUCAACCCAUGCCUAUGCCCAUGCCCAUGCCCAUGCCCAUGCCCAUGCCCAUGCCCAUGGCCCCACCCCCUGGCACCUGCCCCGCCCCCUGCGCCCCGUCAUGUGCGCCGUCCUGUAAAUCAGAGUGCUGUGACAGGAAGUGAACUCUCUUCGACCGGAUAUGACGUACAAGAAUCAACACCAGAAAUGGAUAGCAAGAACAUGCCAGAAAUAUGUUGGAGAAGUUGUGACUUUAGAGUUAAAAGAACAGAUAUUGGUAUCGGGACGGUGAUGAAAGCUUUCGCGACCUUUUCUUAUUACGCAAAGAAAUCCUGUAAAUACCAUUUUGAAAGCGUUUUAUAGGAGUUCAUUCAAUUUGUUUAAUCAGUUGUGGCCCGAUUCCAAGUCAUCUAUUGUAAAUAAUUGUUAUUGACGCAAGAGACAAAAAAAAGCUCUCUCUUGACUCUACAAGCAUGUUUUAAACUCAAAGCAAUCAUACUCGAAACAAUAUUUGCUUGUUGAUAUGAGCAAAUAGCAUUUUGUUAAGUUUAGGAUUCGCAUAUUAGGGAGAUGGGAUGUAGUUAUUUUAGUUCAUAUGUAAAUGUGCGUGUCUAUGUAAGUUUUAUUACAAUAAAAAGGACAUCGAGAGGAAAA